AUGCGUUUCUCGCCAUGCUUGCUUAUUGCCGGCCUUUCAACGGGCGUCCACGCCUUCUAUCCAUGGGAACUUAAGGUGGAAUCCGGAGUCCUGCGCCGCUUCAUGCCAUGGACUCUGCUUCCAGACACCGAAGACGACCUCUCCGUCAAGAAGCCAUUGACAUUCGACAUCAAGAAAUCGCCCGUCCGUCGCAAGGACACCUACUCGAUCGUCCAAGCCAAUACCCCCACAUUGCCCAACAGUGCUCCACUGGACCAGGGUGGAAAGGACUUCUCAUACUUUGCCGUGGUGGAAGUCGGCUCGCAGAAGGAGGAAAUGUGGCUCGCGCUGGAUACUGGAUCCCCCAGCAGCUGGGUGUUUAGUUCAAGCUGCACCGACUCUGUCUGUACGAGCCAUCACACAUGGGACAAGUCUGAUUCCAGUUCCUACAUCUCGAACAACUCUGCCUUCAGCGUCGGCUACGGAAGUGGCACCGUGGAAGGAAACCUCGGCCAGGACACCAUGUCAGUCGCAGGCCUGGACGUGACGUUCACUUUUGGAUCGGCAAACCAGGCAAACGAGUCCUUUGCAAGCUACCCCAUCGAUGGUAUCUUGGGUCUGGGACGGUCGCAUACCGCUGGCUGGACCAUUCCUUCGUUCAUGGACAUUGUCGCGGAGAAGCAUAUGCUCAGCUCUAACAUCAUCGGGUUCAGUCUCUCGCGUGCAUCAGUCGAUCCGAAAGACGGCGAGGUCAACUUUGGCGAUAUAGAUUACACCAGGUUCGAUGGAAACAUCAGUUACACCGCUACCAACCAAGCGACUUGGACCAUUCCCCUGGAUGAUGCCUACGUGAACGACAAACCCUGCAAAUUCACCGGCAAAUCUGCCACCAUCGAUACUGGCACUACCUACAUCUUGAUCCCUCCGGCGGAUGCAGCUACUUUGUUCGCCAUGAUUCCCGGCUCUUCGCAGUCGGGAGAGAACUACAUUAUUCCUUGCGAUUCGACUGCGACUUUGGAUUUUGAGUUCUCGGGAAUCAAGUACUCGAUCGAGCCGCAGGAUUAUAUCGGUGCGACCAGCACCGGUGGCUGUGUGUCGACUAUCGUCGGCCACGAGUCUUUUGGACCUAAUACUUGGCUUGUCGGAGAUGUCUUCUUGAAGAACGUUUACGCAGUGUUCGACUACGACAACGCACGGAUCGGCUUUGGAUCCCCGGCUGUCAACUCCACGUCUGGAAACGGCACCUUCACUGCUCCUAGCACCACUGCUCCUAGCACCACCAUGACCAGCUCCACUACUGCUGCCACCGAAGGUACUGCGAGUGCUACCAAAGGUACUGCGAGUGCUACGGCUGUUUCAGAAUCGGCUACUUCAACAGCCCCUGCCACUGGCUCGGCAUCUCAUCUUUCCCUCAGUCUGGGCUCGUCACUGCUCAUGACCGUUGCAUCGAUGUUCUUCCUUUAA